AUGAUGACUUCACCAUCAAUUCAAAAUGAUCCAUUCAUUAAUAAACAUCGAAUUUCAACAUCGCCAACCCAACAAAAUUUAAAUAACAAUUUGAAUAAUACUAUAGAUUUAAACUUGGAUAAUGACUUUAAAAACUUGUCAUUAAAUAUACCGCCACCAGAUGUUAAAAAAUUUACAUUUAUAUGUUUAUUCCUCAAUCAUAUACUUAAUUUACACGAUCCAACAAUGAUUCUUGAAACAGAUAAAAGAAAGAAUAUCAAGCUUAAAAACCCUAAAGAAUCAAUUGAAAUACUUCCUAAUACAAAUUUCCCUAUUGAUAUUUGGUUAAUUGAUGAAAUUAAAAUCAAUGAUAUUAAAAUUAAAUCAGCAAUUUUAAAAGAAAUAAAUUCAAUGAUUGAAGUUGAAUUAAAAGAUAUUAAUGAUCAAUCUACAUUUGAAGAAAUUACAUUAAAUUAUUAUUCAAAAUUAUUAAAUGCUUAUAAAGUAUAUGAAUUACCAAUGAUUGAACCAGCAAAUAUACGGAAUAAUAAUAUUUCUAAAUUUAGUAGUUUACAAGAAGAAGAUGAGGUUCAUCAUAAUAAUAGUCCUACUUCAAAUUUCAACUUUGGUUAUUUGGAAAAACCCGUAUAUAGAACAAAUUCAAAUCAAUCAAUUGGAUCUGGAGGUGCGAAAAAGUCUAAAAGAACAAGUAGUGCUUCAAGUUUAACUAAGAAGAGAUUAUCAUCAUUUUUAAAUAAAGAUAAAGAUAAAGAUUCAAAUAAUAGUCCGCAACAUGUUAUAGAGCAUGCUAUUUCAUUACCUUCAACACCUAAUUCUCCACCUCAACCAUUUUUUCAUUAUUCACAUUCUCAACCAAAUACUACUACAACUACAACUACAACUACAACUACAACAGCAACAUUCAAUUCAUUAAAUUCAACUAUACAAUAUUCACCAACUCCAAAUCUGGAGAAUCCUACAGAGAAUUCAGCUAUUAAUUCAUUACUAUCAAAAUCACGAAUCUAUAAUAAAAUUAAAAAACAUCGUGAAUCUUCAGGUUCAAUGACUUCUCAAAUUUCAAAUCCAUCAAUACAAAGUAAUUUAAGUAAUAGAAAUAGUAUAAGUACGACAAACACAACAACAUCAUCAAUUGGAAGUAAAAGAAGAUCUAAUUAUAAUACUCCAAAUAAUAUUAAUUCAGGUGCUAGUUCAAUUGUAUCUUCAUCUACUUAUGUUCCUGAUACUUCAGAAUUUGUAAUGACACUUGAACAAAAAAUAGAGAAUCAAAAGGAGAAAUAUGAUUAUUAUAUUCAAAUACUUCGAUUAUUUAAAAUAUCAGAAAAGAUUAUUAAAGUUCUUAAACAUUCACAUACAUUAAAUGAAAAAUUGGUUAAGUUUAUUGAAUUUAUAAAGAAGAAAAUAUUAAAGUUUAUUUUAAUCGAUGUCAUGUCUAUGAUUUUGAAUUAUUGUGAAUUGAAAUGUUGUAAUAUUAAAUAG